AUGGCAGAAAACCUAACCAUUAAUUCGACAAGUACUUCAUCAAGCGAUGUUAUUAUGGCAUCCAUCGGUGUUAUUGGAGUUUUAAGUAAUAUCUUUUUACUAGUAAUCAUUAUUCGUUCCAAAAAAUUUCAAGAUGUUUCUUAUAUGUUUGUUAUCAACGUAGCUCUCUCUGAUUUUCUAACAUCAUUUGUCCUAUGUUGCCUAUUUUUACCCAAAAUUUUAAUUCCUGAUUUCAUGAGCUUUGUCGGCUAUUCAUUUUGUAAAAUACUUUAUUUCGUUUUUGCCUCUACAUAUGAUGCUUCAGCUUUUAGUUUAAUUAUUAUAAGUAUAUACAGAUUUAAAAUUAUAACUGAUCCUUUACAUUAUCGAUCUAAUUCAUUUAUAUGCAAACACUCGGCUAAAGUGAUUUUGAUCAUGUGGAUCAUCAGUGGAUUGAUUUCAGCGCCAGCCGCUUUACUUACGACAACAACCUACAUUGGGGAAGCACGCUGCGAUGUCUAUUACCCUUUCGGCUACAUUCCCAAUAUUAUUUAUUUUACCUCUUUUUUCUUCAUUACUUAUGUUAUACCUUUAACUAUGAUGUCACAUAACUAUAUUCGAAUCAGCAAGGAUCUUUAUUCUCGUACUUAUCCAAAAAAUUACGGCAAUUUAUUGCGGGUUCGUCUACCAAGACAUAAUCGCAAUAAAAGUGUUAUUCAGUUUUUGAUAGGUAUUACAUGCGCUUACAUGAUAACAUCGGGGCCAAUAUUUCUUGGACUUAUGGUUUUAUCUAUAGCUGGUGGAUCUUAUACACAAUUACGGGAAAGUAAUUAUUUGCUAUCUAGAUUGCUGGUAGCCUCUCUCGGAAUAUCGGCAUCUACUUGUUUUAUUAAUCCAACUUUAUGUCUAAUAUUUGACAAAAAUAUAAGAUCAGAAAUUCGGAGAAUAUUAUAUAAAACACCGCCUGAAUCCGUCGUAUCAACUUGA